AUGGGUGAAUCACGUACGGAGCUGAUCCACUGGAUCAACGAAUUGCUCGGCUUCUCGUAUACCAAGGUCGAACAGUGUGGUUCCGGUGCAGCGUACGCACAAAUCAUCGAUUCGAUCUACUACAACGUGCCGCUCGCCAAGAUCAAGUUUGACGCCAAACACGACUAUGAAUACAUCAACAAUUUCAAGGUACUGCAAGAAGCGUUCAAGCGCAACCGCAUCGACAAGCCUAUUCCGGUUGAUCGACUGAUCCGGUGCAAGAUGCAGGAUAACCUCGAGUUUCUGCAGUGGUUGAAGAGGUACUGGGAUCAGAACUUCUCGGGAGAGAUGUACGAUGCCGAGGCGAGGAGGGGGGGUGUUGGAGCUGCACCACCGCCGCUGGUGGGAGCGGUGAGUGUGGGCGCUGCUCGAUCGACGGGCGCUGCGAGAGCUGCGCCAAGUGCGCAAGCUGCCACUAGCAGGUCUAGCGCGCGAGCUCCGCCAGCAGCUGCUUCCACCACAAGACGACCGCUCGGUGGAGCACCAGCCAGGGCACCAGCAGCCUCAGCAGCUUCGGUUCCCAACGAAACUAUCCAGGCUCUCACAGCUCAGAUGGACGAGAUGAAGGUUUCCGUCGACUCACUCGAAGCCGAACGCGAUUUCUACUUUGCAAAACUGAGGGACAUUGAGAUCCUCGUACAGGAGCGCUUGGGCGUAUUGGCCGAACAGUUUCCAGCCCCGAGCGAGGACGACGACCCGGAGGGCUUGCAUGUCGGAAGCGAGGAGCAGGAAAGUUUGAAGCAGAUCCAGGCCAUCUUGUACAGUACCGAGGAAGGCUUCGAGUUGCCAGAGGGCGGCGACGAAUUGGUGCAGCCGGACGAGGAUGAGAUGUUCUAA